CUGCUGUCUUCCUUGGAUGUGGUAGCCGUUUCUAAGGCUCCCUCUCCGGAGUCGAACCCUUAUUCUCCGUUACCCGUAAUAACCGUGAUCGAGAGGCAUGGUCCAUUUUCAAACCUCGCUGAGCUCAAAACCCAUCCUGCUCACCUUGCUGUAUUUAUUAAUUAUUUAUUGUCAAAUGCCAGUCCAAAUAGCUUGUUUUUCUAUGUGAUUACGGAUGCUUUCCAAAAUGCUCAAGGUGCUCCAAAAGAUUUCCGACGAUGGGCAUUCGAAAUUUUCACUACGUUCGUCAUCCCGAAUUCUCCACUUGUUAUCCCAAACUCGGAUCAGAGUAUUAUCCAACCAAUUGAUAAGGUGAAUACAAUUGAUUUGUUAGGACGCUUCUUCUCGUCCUGGAUAUUCGUAUAUUUCCUAAAAUGA